UUGACGAGUGCGUAGGCGUGGGGGUCGCGAUUUCAAUAUUAGGUGACUGAUACGGCGGUAAAACAAUACAUUAUAAAAAGUAAGCAGCCAAACAUCACGUCCCAACGCAAACGACGACAAGUAAAAUUUUCAAUUUUCUGUGGAUCUUCGAAACAGUGACAGUGCAUCCAAAUGUGCACGGAUAACAAAUCUGAACACAGCACUGACGAUGACAGUGAAAUAUCAGAGAAGGACACCAGUUACCAACCGCUGAAGCCGACCAGGACCAAAGAGAAAAAAUGGAUGAGGAAAGGAUUGUUGGCACAGACUUUAGUGACGAGCGCAGUUAUGUUAAGCUCAGCCAGCUGCGGCAUGCCAGUAGGCUACUCAGCUAUUUUACUUCCACAACUGAAAAUCACUAAUGACACAAUGCAAAUCGACGAAGAAAUCGGCUCCUGGAUCGCCAGCAUCCAUUCGGCGGCCACACCAUUCGGCUCGUUGCUGAGUGGCGUCCUAAUGGACCGUUGCGGUCGGAAAUUAGCUUUACAAAUCGCCUCCAUGCCUCUAAUCCUCGGAUGGAUAUUGAUAGGUUUCGCCAGCAACCACGGAGUUCUGCUACUUGGACGCUUGGUCGCUGGAAUAUCCGCAGGAUUGACCGCCGCCGCAGGACAAGUUCUGAUUGGGGAAAUUUCGGAGCCACAUCUUAGAGGAAUAUUUUCCAGCGUCCCUUUCGCUAGUUACUCCUUCGGCAUUCUCUUAGUCUAUGCUAUGGGAUCAUAUUGGCAAUGGCGGAUUGUUGCAGGUCUCUGCACUGUGCUUCCGCUGGUAUCAAUUCUUUCGUUUGUUUUCCUGCCGGAAAGUCCCGUUUGGCUAACCAGGCAUAACAAAACAGAGAGUGCGAAAAAAGCUCUCCUUUGGUUAAGAGGAGGAAACAACAAUCAGGCCGUAAAAGAAGCAGAGCAUCUCAUAGAAAGAAUGAAACAGGAAAAAUUGCAUGAAUCUAAGACGGCAAUGCAAUCGUUCUUUAACGCAGAAGUUUUCAAACCUUAUUUAAUAAUAAACAUAUUCAACAUCCUGCAAGUACUCUCCGGAACAUAUCUAAUCGUCUUCUACGCCGUGGACAUUCUCAGCCACAUAAAAGGCAACAGCCUAAACCAUUUCCUUGCAGCAGUUCUAACAGCAGGAACCAGAUUCAUCUUUUCAAUAAUCUCCAGUAUUUUUCUGGCAGUAAUGGGCAGAAGAACUUUGGCACUAUCAUCAGGAAUUGGAACAUCCCUCGCCGCCUUAUGCCUGGCAGUUUUACUGUUCCAGGACUGCUCCACAAAUGGCUACGUUAGCGCAGUCGUAAUUCUAGUCUAUGUGGCAACAAACACUGUUGGUUUCAUGAUUUUGCCCGGAGUCAUGUUAGCAGAACUGUUUCCCGCAAAGGUGCGUGGAUUGGCUGGUGGCCUCACCUUUAUGACGUUCAAUCUUGUUCUGUUCGUUGUUGCGAAGGUGUUCCCUCUUUUCAAGGCAACAGUAGGAGUGUCUGGGGUGUUUUGUCUGUUUGGCACGUCUUCCCUGCUCGCAUCGUUCUUCUUGUAUUUGAUGCUGCCGGAGACGAAAGGCAAAAGUUUGAGUCAAAUUGAAGACUACUUUCAACAAAAAAAUUACUUGUGGAUAACAAGGAAUAAGAAAAUGGAGAAAAAGACGGAGAAUGAGACUGAGAAAUUAGCUGUUUAGGACUGUUCCUCUAAUGUACUGAUAUUUUUAAUUUAAGUAUUUAUAUGUAUGUUUUAUUUAUAAUAUAAUAUUGA